GCGGAGCGGCUGCGCGCGCCGGGAACAGCGGGCCCUUUGAAGAGCGAGGCUGCGGGCGCGGCUUGCGUCACGUGAGAGCGUGUCGGUCACGUGUUGGUCAAUCAGGAAGGAGCGGUUGAUGGGCGUUGGAGCGAAUGGCCGCCGCCGGGGCGAAGUUCGAGCCGAGCGAGCACCAGCACCUCCGCUACAACCCGCUGCGUGAUGACUGGGUGCUGGUCUCCGCCCAUCGCAUGCGGCGCCCGUGGCAGGGGCAGGUGGAGAGACCCCCUCAGGAGGACGUCCCACGCUGUGAUCUGGCCAACCCCUUGUGCCCUGGAGCAAAAAGAGCCAACGGCCAGGUGAAUCCCCAAUAUGAGAGCACCUUUGUCUUUGACAACGAUUUCCCUGCCCUACAACCGGAUGCCCCAGAACCUGAUGCUGGUGACCACCCCUUGUUCCGUGCAGCGUCUGCCCAAGGCGUGUGCAAAGUCAUGUGCUUCCACCCCUGGUCUGACCUGACUCUGCCCCUCAUGUCUCUUGCUGAGAUCCGGACUGUGAUCGACAAAUGGAUGGAUAUAGCUGUGGAGUUGGGUGCCUCGUAUUCCUGGGUGCAGAUCUUUGAGAACAAAGGAGCCAUGAUGGGCUGCUCCAACCCACAUCCCCACUGCCAGGUCUGGGCUAGCAACUUCUUGCCCAACGAAGCCUCCCUGGAGGACCGGACGCAGCAGAAGCACCUCAAGGACCGUGGCAUCCCCAUGCUGCUCGAGUAUGCUCAGUUGGAGGCUGAGAAGAAGGAGCGGAUGGUGGUGGAGAAUGCUGACUGGCUGGUGGUCGUCCCCUACUGGGCAGUCUGGCCUUUCCAGACCCUCUUGCUGCCACGUCGUCGACACGUCAGUCGCCUUCAGGACCUUCGUGACAGCGAGAAAGAGAGCUUGGCUUCCAUCAUGAAGAGGCUUCUCACCAAGUAUGACAAUCUCUUCCAGAUCUCCUUUCCCUAUUCCAUGGGCUGGCAUGGAGCCCCCACCGGGCCCCACCGGGAUGCCGACUGCAGCCACUGGCAGCUGCACGCCCACUACUACCCACCCUUGCUGCGCUCUGCCACUGUCCGCAAGUUCAUGGUUGGCUAUGAAAUGCUGGCUCAGGCCCAGAGGGAUCUGACUCCGGAGCAGGCUGCUGAGCGUCUGAGGAACCUGCCUGAGGAACACUAUAAGCAGAAGCAGAGGGAAGAAGCUUCAUAGUGCAACGCAUAAUAGGGACCUCUCUGGCUUUGGGGUAGCUGGAUGAACACUGUGAUUCGGAUCAGGGAGGGGUGGGGAAGCUUCGGCAGUCAUUCCGGGGCAGGGGAGCUGUCUGUUGUGUGGGGACUAGUGAGGACACCUUCUGAGGACUCGGGUAGCUGAGGAAGAGCUGCAGUCUCCCUGAAGUGCUGCACUGAAGCCCUGUGGUGCUCAUGAGCUUUGGUGGGAGAUGCUGCCGCUUUCUCCCCUGCUGCAAGGCCUCCACAGAACCUUCUAGUUUCUCUCUAGGCUUGUAUAGCCUGCUGUGGCUUGGAAAGUGGGAGAGCAUCUUUCCCAAGCCACCUUUUAAUGCUGCCACAGAUACCCCCUCUGAACUCUACAGCUGUGGAGAGCUGAAGCCUUCUAAAUGAGGGUGAGGAAAAGGCCCAGUGUCACUGUGAGAGGGAGCUAGGAUCCUUUGGCCAUUGUGGCUGGGGAUGAUGGGGAUUGUAGUCUAGCAACCAUCUGGGUGCUCAAGGAUGGGAAGCCCUGCUCUAGCCAGUGAGCACCCAAAUUCACCCCCUCCAAAUUUAGUCUGGUGGAGCUGUUGUUCUUUUGUGCAGCCAGCCUAAUAUCCCUGUAGUCUUUGGCUGUCUCUGUAUGCCUUAAUUCCUCUCCCUUCUUCCCCGUGGGUGUUGGAACAGCAGAAUUCAUGUGUAUGCAACAGAUUUAUGGUUAGUUAGGGGUAAAGGGAUGGGGUGGGUGGGGGCGGAAGACUCUCUGUCGCACCACUUCUUGGGUGACGGAGGGUUUGAUACACAUUGGAUUCUAGGCCUGUGCAAAGUUGGAUUGGAAAUGUCAGAAUUCAUCCAAAAUUUGCAAAAUCAGUUUCAGAAAAUCUGACAUUUCCAAUCUGACAUUGAUUUUCAGAUAAUCGGAUUGGAAAGAUUCAAUAUGCUGUGUUGGAAAGUUGCAAUUCAUGUUGGGAGGUCGGAGGUAAAAAAUGGCAGUAACUGCCAUUUCAAAACCUUUUAAAAAUAGGAUUUCCCCUCAGGUGAAUGGGGAAAUCGGAAAAAAAUUCACUAAAAGUCGCUGAUAGGCCUAGAGCCUUGAAACUUGCUACACACUUAGGGAAGGAGGUCAGGGUCCGUUGUAGUGAAUUUGAAGAGAAUUGGUCAACUCCCCCUUCUGCCCAAUUUUGUGGAAGAAUCUGCCCUUUGCCUUCAUGAAAAGGGGUAACAGCAUGCCCCUUUGGCCCCCUUCCCGCUUUAUAUUUUGCGGAAUGGAUGGGAUUACCAUUAUGAAAUCUGGCACAUUUGAAUUCCAUAUUGGCAAGACUCUGUGUUUGUGUGUGUGUUUUGAGGCUAUGGAUAACUCCUUUGAUUUUGGGAUGGUGGUGGAAUAAAAAUAGAAAAAAGGGCUAAAACAAGCUUGUUUCCAGCCAGAACUUUACAAAAUGUUCUGGAUUUGAAGCUCUCUGUAGACUAUCAUUUCACCCUCAUGUGGAGGAAAAAGGACAUUCAUUUGAUUUUAUAUCAGUUUUUGUCUUCCCCGUUGCAGAAGCACAGUCAGUAAAAGUCAGUACUUUGAAUUUUCUGUUUCUUGUGGUUAGAAAGAAUUUCUCACACUCCCUUCUAGCCAUUAUGUGAUUAAAAGCUGUAAAGUCCUUUCAAUCCAUUUCAAAAGGUCUGCCAGUUCCUGCAAAGGGUGGUAGUAGUAGUAAUAAUAAUAAUAAUAAUAAUAAUAAUGAAUAACGUUGUAGAAAAUGAUUAUGCAAAAAUAUUAUGGGACUUCGGACUACAAACAGACAAACAUCUGCCACACAAUACACCAGAUAUAACUGUAGUCAAAAAGAAAGAAAAACAAGUGAAAAUAAUCGACAGGUGAUAGCAGAAUUGAAGAAAAAGAAAUAGAAAAAAUCACCAAAUACAAAGAUCUACCAAUUGAAAUGGAAAGGCUGUGGCAGAAGAAGACCAAAAUAAUCCCAGUGGUAAUUGGCGCCCUGGGUGCAGUUCCAAAAGACCUUGAAGAGCACCUCAACACCAUCGGGGCCACAGAAAUCACCAUCAGCCAAUUACAAAAAGCAACUUUACUGGGAACAGCCUAUAUUCUGCGACGAUAUCUAUAACAACAGCAACAACAUUGACAAUAAAAUUCUGGCAUCCCAGGUCCUUGGGAAGGACUCGAUGUCUGGAUAAAACAAACCAGUCAAUAACACCUGUCUGACUGUUUAAACAACAACAACAACCUAAUAUAAAAUCAAAGGAAUGUCCAUUUUCUUCCGCAUGGGGUGGAAUGAUGGUCCUAGAGAGGGCUUUAGCUCCAGAAUGUUCUGGCGUAAAUAAGCCAGUUUUAGCCCUUUUUUCUAUUUUAACAUUUUUCAAAAAAUCCCCCCCAAAUCAGAAGAGUUACCUAUAGGCUUGGAAAAAACCACACAAUUCUGUAUGCCCAUCCAUUUAGUUUGAGGGUGGGGAUGUUGUUACCACGUUUCAUGGAGACAAAGGGCAGAUUCCUCCGCAAGCUGAUGGAAUGAUGAUCCAAGGGGGAUCUCCAGUUUCAGAAGUUUUUGUAAAGUUCUGGCUUGAAACAAUCCAGAUUUCAACAUUUUAAACAAAUUUCAAAAAUUCACCAAAAAUCAGAAAAUUACCCCAAUUCUCUUCAAAUUGACUACAGGGGGCCUGACCUCCUUCCUUGCAUGUGUGGCAAGUUUCAAGGCUCUAGGCACAACUGGUGAAUGUUAGUUAUUUUCUCUCCCCCCCCCCCCCAUUCACCUCUAGGGGGGGAAAUCCAAUCAAAUUUUAAGUGGGAUUUCCAACCAGAAGGUCCCAAGAUAUCAGGAUGCUCUAGCAUCCUGAUAUCUGACAUACCCAGGGGGCAAAGAAUCAGAUUCUGAAAAUUUCAGAAUCAGAUCAGGUCAGAUUUGGAUCGGAUCAGACUUUUUAAAGCUUGCACAAGCUUUUUGGAUUUUAGUCUGCCUGAGCAUAAAAGAGAAUGGAGCUAAACACAGACUCUUCCAGGGGCUUAGUUUGAAACUUUGGUUCUUGCUGCUAUUUUCUUCCAUCCCCCACCCUCACUGCACGCCCUAUCCCAAUCCUGUCCCACCCCUCUCGGCGCAAGCCCUACAAAUAUGUUAAAUAAAUAAUAAUCAAAAAUGGAAUGACA